UAUUCGUACAAGAAUGAAACGUGAAAGCAUUCUUGUAGCAGCCAUUCAAAUUAAAAAAUGCAGAAACACGUUGUUGAUAAGUAACGAUUCCACCGAUUUUAAUGAAAUUUUUUAUAUAUGAAAAAAAAUUACUGCUCGUCAUUCUGACGACGCUCGUUAUCAACUUUUAUUUUUAUAACAGACAUUAAUUUUUCAGAAAAUAAAGACAACGGCCAGGAGUUAAAAAUGAAUCUUCCGACUAUGUCCUUUUUACCAUUUUUGUGGAACAUUGUAUUUUCUCAACGUGACAAGAAAUACCACAAUUCAUACAUCGGGAUACAAACUUUAAAUGUAACUACGGGACUCUCUACGCUAUUUCCAAACGAGAAAGUUGCCUGUAUAAAUAUACUUGGAUAUAAAUUAAUUUUUUUCUUACAUCCAGAAUCUGCAAAGGAAGUAUUAAAAAGCAAAAGUUUAAUCGAUAAGGAUUCUACGUAUGAUUUCUUCAAGCCACUACUCGGAGACAACAGUUUUUUGUCAGUUCUGACGAUGAUUGGAGAAAAAGAAGAAAAUCUUUCGCUCCACAUUUUCAUCUUCGGAAUCUGAAAAAUGAUCAAAACGUAUUUACGGAGCAUUCAAACGUCUUAGUCGAAAAACUCAAACAAUUGCAAAAAAAUGAAGUAUUCGAUAUUCUGAAAUUGAUGAAAUAUUGCACUCUCGACAUAAUUGCA